UCGUCACUUUUUUUCCUGCGAAGCAGCUGAGGGCAUCACAAAAGCAAAUUCGAGCGAGAGUGAAAAACGAAAAACAUUGUAAAGUUUAGUGCGUGAAAAUUCCCAAUUUCCCCUUGAUUAGGCUCCUGGAAGUGCUCCAGCAGCAGGGCUCGCGAUGCCAGACACGGUGGACGGUGGGGACAUUCCCAAAUCCAAACGACCUUCAGACUCUGCCUUCAAACAGCAACGACUUCCGGCAUGGCAGCCCGUCCUAACUGCUGGAACCGUCCUCCCAGCCUUCUUCGUCAUUGGCAUUGCAUUUAUUCCGGUUGGAGUGGCGCUGCUCUACUUCUCUAACGCCAUCACAGAGUUCGUGUACGAUUACACCAACUGUGUCCAGUAUGGGUCCCUAAAUCGCACCUGUUCGGAGGUGAUCAGUGCCAAGGAGGCUGACGACUGCGAAUGCGUGGUAAACUUCACGCUGGAGAAGGAUUUCAUCGGCAAGGUUUACAUGUACUACGGGCUGACCAACUACUACCAGAACCACCGGCGGUACGUAAAAUCACGGGAUGACGAUCAGCUGUUGGGUCGGCUUUCGAUGACCCCAUCGAGCGAUUGUGCCCCGUUUGCCUAUGUGGAUGACGAUCCGAACCGGCCGGUGGCGCCGUGCGGUGCGAUUGCCAAUUCACUGUUCAGCGAUACGUUCGAGCUGUCGUCGGAGAAGUACGGCCCGGUGCCGCUGCUGAGGACCGAGAUUGCCUGGCCGUCGGAUCGGAAGAUCAAGUUCCGCAAUCCGGAGGGAGAUCUGCAGGAGGCGCUGAAAGGGUUUUCGCGACCGAGAGACUGGCGGACAGACCUGUGGAACUUGGAUCCACACAAUGCCGAAAAUAACGGAUUUCAGAACGAGGACCUCAUCGUUUGGAUGCGUACGGCCGCUCUGCCCAGCUUCCGCAAGCUGCAUCGCCGCAUCGACCACAACAAAAAGUACUUCGAGAACGGGCUCGGCAAGGGCAACUACACGCUAAAAAUCAACUACUCCUACUCCGUCAGCGAGUUCGACGGAACCAAGAAGAUCAUUCUGUCGACGACUUCGCUGCUGGGCGGGAAGAAUCCCUUCCUGGGAUUUGCCUACAUCAUCGUGGGCAGCGUGUGCCUUCUGUUGGGAAUUGUCCUGCUGGUGAUUCAUAUCAAGUGUAGCAAAAAUACCUCCGGUAUCAACAGCGUUAGCCAGCGUACGCCGUACACCUAGGAGUUACUGUCGUUGAACAGCUAAAUUGAGCAUUUCCGCUGUUUGUAUCGUUUUCUACUACUUUAGAGUAUCCGUUUCCUACAUUCUUGGUAAGAGAGUUUUCGUUUGUUCCUAGGUUAAGUUGGGCUAGAAAAUGAUGAGCGGCAAUAAUGUGAUGAAGGUAUUUUUCCGUGUAGAAGAUUUUAUUUUUAACUUAUAUACCUAAAGGUGCUUAUUUAUCGAAAGUUUAUUAUGGCAACGACAUUCGAUUGGAUGCAGUAUUCUUGUUCGUUCUUUGUUAAAAAUAUAUGCUUUUAAAAUUUGAAUGAGAAUGGUAAAGGCCGAAAUAGCUGUUCACCGAGAACCGGCUCCAGCCGGAAUAGUAUAGAAGAUAUAUGGCGCUAAAAAAUAAUCAUCAAUGUUGCAGAUUUUGGAAUAGAUUAUCGAAAAAGCAGUGACGUUGGCUCACACCUGGUAGAUGUGAAUCUUUGUGGGAUAGCAGAGAGUAGAGGAAACACCUGCACAGUCGACUUAGCACGUACACUUAUACGAAAAUACAUUGCACAGCGAGAAAAAACGGACCCGAAAUCGAAAUUUUCGAAAUCCGUUGCUUUGGAAGGACUUUGAAUAUUGCGUAACUCAUUGGAUCAAUACGUUCCCCGCCAUCUUAGCAAACUUCAGUAGAUUCACUUGGUAUAAUCCGGAACCACACGGUGAAGGCUUGCUCCGUCAAUGCUCCUCUCCUCAAUGAGAUAGCUUCACAAUGACAACGUCAUCAUGGUGCUGGCUGUCACUGAUGCUUGCUAGGGGACGGACUCGCAAGGGGAAUAACAGUAAACUAUAUUCACACCCCACAGUAUUGUGUAGAAAAACUGACAAAAAAUAAAUCUGUAGUGGUAUUGUGUUCUCCAAACUACGAGAAGUGUUAGGGCAGUUUGAACUGGCCAAAAUGUAGAUCAACUGGAGUGCAGAUUCGAGGUUAGAGUAGAAAAAGCAUGAAAACUUCUAUUACCGGCCACGUCCAUCUUUUCCGUUACAAGGUUAAGUUUCGUAUGAAUACAGGUCACAAAAGGGCAAAAGUGGGACACUUGUAGUGAGCUGAGCAAGGCAAGGCCAUCGCCAUUCGAUUCCCUGUCAUAUUUGACAGGUGUUUAGGGUUGUUCCAAAUUAUUGGCUUUUGAAAGUUGCGAUUUUGAGUCUACUUUUUCCUCAGUGCAUUAGUUUACAGAAUACAUAUAUCGUUGUUGAAACUUUUUAAGCACACCCAUUGGGUGACACCGUUCCGGUUGAAAUCAGAUUAGGGAAACUACACUGAAAUAAAUUUUGUUGUGGAAACUACCGAUUCCAUAGUAAAAUUACUAACCGUACCUAUGAUUCUCAACCGACAACAAAAUCUGUUAAGGUAACUGAAAUAUGCUUGAAAUUACAAUGUAUUGUAGUAAAUUCAACUAAAAGCAUAGUCGUCUUAACAACAAAACAUUGUUAAUUUUUCCAGGACUCGUAUUUUACAACACAGUAUGGUUAAAAAUACAAUGCUCAUUUGUUAAAUUAAGAUUAUUUUUGGUUAUGUUAACUGCACUGCUAGUUAAGUUGACAGUGUUUUAGUGGAAUUAACUGGAAAUUGUUGUCGGUUGAGAAUCAUAGGUACGGUUAGUAAUUUUACUAUGGAAUCGGUAGUUUCCACAACAAAAUUUAUUUCAGUGUAUUUUUCAUCAACCGGUAGUGUCACCCAGAUAAUUUUAGCCCUUGAUAGUAAUAUAUGAUGAUCCCAAGAACAGUCUUUAACAUAAUCUCUACUGAAAACAUAUUUCCUAAAUCCACACACAUACACAUACAGACUAGACACACUUAUCAACGUGGCCUUGGGCAGAUCGUACUGAACGUUGCGCGCGCAGAGCUGAAAGUCCUGUUGUAUAGACAGAAUCAUGCCAAAUAUGCGAGAAAAGAAGCUAAAAACCGUCGGAGGAGAACAGGAAUAAGCAUUUCACAUUCACGACCCUGUGCGAAUAAAUUUGUCAAAAAUCACUAUUAAGUAGAUA